AUGUUCAUCGAAGAGAGGAGUUGGAUUCUUAGGACUUUACCUGUGAAGCAGCAGCAGAGGAGAGUCCAGAUGAGGACGCGGAUCACAGUCAUGUUUCUGAUGAGGAGGAUUUCUGUUGCUUCUGUUGUGAUGAAGGACAGCAGUCAGUCACCCAGUCUUCAACUCUCAGGACUAUAAAGUCUCCCUGAGCACUGGAGCAUCAUGCUGCUCAUGCAAACUCACUCUCUAUGGAAAUGCUCAGAUGAACUCCAACAGGGUCUUAGAUUAUACAGAUGAUUAUGUUCAAUAAUGGAUCAAUUAAUUCACCUCCUGAUUGAUCAAACAGCUUUCAUGACUUCUAUAAUGAAAGUUUAGGUUUGUUCUUCUUCAUACAUCUAUUUGGAGAGAUUUCUUCAGUCUUAGCCCGAUGCUGAGGAAAAUGAAUGUAAAAUGUUGUCAAUCAAUAAAGAUCUUCAAAAACUGGAUUCAUUCAAAAGUACAACAUUGAAUUCUCUGCUUUCAUUGGAGCUCAAAGCACUUGCAGACAGAGACACGUUUAGGUGACUUUGUUUGUGUCAGAGUCAGAGAGCCGUGUCUCUCUACAGUCGGAGGUUUUUGUACGGCCGCUCCAUCAGUUUGUAUCACUGUGGUACACGUUUGGUGAAGGAACCAGACUGGAUGUCGGAAGUAAGUAAAAAAUUCACCCUUUUUUGGUUUCAGAAGCUUCUUUGCUUUGAAUUUGAAAUCUGUAGGACAAAAGUCAAUUUGCUUUUUUAUUUAAAAGUGACUUUUUAAGAAAACAGAAAAAUGUCACUUUGGAUUGAAGAGGUACUGAAGAAAAAGUAAUUUCAGAUUUUGAAGUCAGGCUCCUCUUUUACUACAAAUUUACUAUUUAAUCUUCUGACUUGAGUGAACAAAGUGACAUCCUGAGGGCUGGUAGGUUUAGUUCAGCCAGAGUCAGAGAGCCGUGUCUCUCUACAGUCAGAGGUUUUUUUACGGCUGCUCCAUCACUUUGUAUCCCUGUGGUGGACUUUUGUUGGAGGAACCAGACUGGAUGUUGGAAGUAAGCUUCUUUACAGUUUUUCAAUCUGAGUACGGAGUAGUGUUUUAUGUUCAAUGCAGAUAAAUGUUGCUUGUUAGAUUAAACUGGAAAAAUACUUUAAUUUCUCAUCAUUUACAAUGGAGGUGAGGUCAGGACAGCUUUACUGCACAGUUUGAGUUCAAGUAAAACAGGCUGAGGGUUAAAAGGCUCACAUUAGGGAUUUGAAUUACUUUCAAAAAUGCAUUUUAAAUUUGCACCACAGUAAUAACUCUGAUGGUUUUGAUGUGAAUCAAGAUUCUCAACAAUUUGUAAAAAUGAUCAGUGUAAAAAUGAAGAUAGUCUCUGAAGUCGUUUUGUCUUUGAAGUCUAUUUUUAUUUUGAAAACUUUUUCCUCCUUUUCUGUCGAUUCAAAUUGACAUGACGAACACAAAAAUGUAGUCUGUAAAUAUUUGUGAUAACUUCUGUGUGAUGAGUGUCUCUGUGCUGAUGUGCGUGAGAGGCUUAUUAAAGGGAAGUGAAACAAUGAGUGAGUGAGUGAGUGAGUGAGUGAGUGAAUAUUAAAGCUGUCCCGGUGUCUGCUGUUUGAUUGACAGCUGUGUGUUCCCUGUCCUCUAAGCUGAUUGGUGUCUCCUAGGUGAUGCCCGUCCCACCCUGACGGUGCUGCCCCCCUCCAAAGAGGAGUUGAAGCAGGGGAUGGCCACGCUCAUGUGCCUGGCCAACAAGGGCUUCCCCUCAGGCUGGAGUCUGGCCUGGAAGGUGGACGGCAGCAGCAGCAGCAGCAGCAGCUGGGAGGAGAGCAGGAGCCCUGCGGUGCUGGAGAAGGAUGGUGAAUACACCUGGAGCAGCACCCUGAGGCUCCCUGCAGACCAGUGGACCAAGGUGGGCUCUGUGACCUGUGAGGCCACCCAGGGCUCCCAGACUCCGGUCUCACAGACCCUGAGGAGAGAACGGUGUCCCCAGUAG